ACCAACAAUGGAACGCACUACAAGUUGCAGCUCCUCUACAGCAACGGCGUCCGCACGGAGCAGGACCUCUACGUCAGGCUCAUCGACUCCGUCACCAAGCAGUCGAUGUUGUGAAAAGAAAAGCUGCGGAAACCGAAAUGAGACUCCUUCAGACCCUGUCAUCAUCGACAGAUUCUUUUUAAAAUUUUUCCUCAAGUGCAAUCAGAAUUGUUUGAAAACAGCAGGAAACCCCAGAGACAUGAGACGGUUUCAGGUUGUGUUGUCAACGACGGUGAACGUGGAUGGACACGUCCUGGCUGUUUCCGACAACAUGUUUGUCCAUAACAACUCCAAGCACGGACGGAGGGCCAGGAGACUCGACCCUUCGGAAGCUACCCCCUGCAUCAAAGCCAUCAGCCCAAGUGAAGGCUGGACCACAGGAGGAGCCAUGGUCAUUAUCAUUGGAGACAAUUUCUUUGAUGGUCUCCAAGUGGUGUUUGGGACCAUGCUUGUCUGGAGCGAGCUAAUAACUCCUCAUGCCAUCAGAGUGCAGACCCCUCCUCGGCACAUCCCUGGAGUAGUGGAGGUGACAUUAUCUUACAAAUCCAAACAGUUCUGCAAAGGAGCCCCAGGAAGGUUCAUUUACACAGCGUUAAAUGAACCCACCAUAGACUAUGGCUUCCAGAGACUGCAGAAAGUCAUCCCCAGGCACCCUGGAGAUCCUGAGAGAUUAGCUAAGGAAAUGCUGUUGAAAAGAGCCGCAGAUCUUGUGGAGGCUCUCUACGGCACACCACACAAUAACCAGGACAUCAUUUUGAAGCGAGCCGCAGACAUUGCUGAAGCCCUGUACAGCGUCCCCCGGAAUCCCACCCAGAUUCCAGCUCUCUCCAGCUCCCCAGCCCAUGGGGGCAUGAUGGGCAUCAACUCCUACGGCAGCCAGCUCGGGGUCAGCAUCUCAGAGUCAACACAAGGAAAUAACCAAGGGUACAUCCGCAACACAAGCAGCAUCUCUCCGCGGGGGUACUCCUCCAGCUCCACGCCCCAGCAGUCCAAUUACAGCACCUCCAGCAACAGUAUGAACGGCUACAGCAACGUCCCCAUGGCCAACCUGGGCGUGCCAGGCUCACCGGGAUUUCUAAACGGCUCACCCACGGGCUCCCCUUACGGAAUCAUGUCAUCGAGUCCCACCGUCGGAUCUUCCAGCACGUCCUCCAUCCUCCCGUUUUCCUCUUCAGUUUUUCCUGCUGUCAAACAGAAGAGUGCCUUUGCCCCUGUCAUCAGGCCCCAGGGCUCCCCUUCCCCCGCCUGCUCCAGCGGCAAUGGAAACGGAUUCAGAGCCAUGACUGGACUUGUAGUCCCCCCGAUGUAAAGAAGAGGAAGAACUGCUUUGUUAUAGCACAACACUACUUACUCUGAUGGACCAAUAAUGAGGAAAGCACUCUGAGCUCUUUGCAGGGGGCAGAGAGUGGCACCCCCAGACGAACACGAUGGACACACUUGGGUAUGCAGGGAGCCAGCAUCUCACUCGGUCUCACGUCCCCUGGUAGCUCUGAUGGUGGCUACACAAACUGACCCUGCUGGGGAUGAGGACAAAAGAUGUCAUUGACGUAGUCAGUGCUAAGAGCAGAAAUGCAAUUCUUUGUUAUGAACAUUAUGAAAACCACCUUCCUAUGUUUGUAAAAUAUUUAAGAAAAAAAAUUGGCAAACGAUUAAUGCUUAAUAUUUUGGAUACUAUUUGUUUUUCUUUGUAGGAAAAAAAAAGUUGAAAGUUUCUAUUUUCUAUGAAGCCUUUCAGAUACCAAUUUAGUUUAUGCAGAAAAAAAAAAAUUGAACAAAACAGGGUACCAGCAUGGAAGACUUUCUUAAAACGAAACCUGAAUUGAAUGAUGAAAUGUUGUAUGUGUGUUUGCUUAUAGUUUAAUCUCUUUAAAAGAAAAAAAACGAACAAAAAAAGGGAAAAAUUUUAAAAUGUUUUACAAUUAUUUAAAUAAAUAAACGUGUAACUUAUUGUAA